GUUAGUCAGUCGCCUAUAAUCUUCUGAAGCGAAAUGAAAUGCGGAUUGAUCUCGAUAGCUCUUGCUGCGUUGGUACUUUGCCACAAUGGACUUGGCCAACUCCUGGACGAGAGCUGUGACGGACCGUUGCCAAUAUCCGUGAGAAUGACAUAUGCGGAGCCCGCCAGACCGAGAACCACUUCUUGGAUGGCAGGCCUAUACAAUGGGACUGAAUUCUAUUGCGGAGGAACUCUUGUUCACAAAAGCUAUGUUCUAACAGCUGCACACUGCGUAAAAGACAGAACACUAGCUGAAGUAACGGUUCACUUGGGGGAGUACGACAGGUCGUGCUCUGCUAAAAUAUGCACACACGUCGAGCGUCGUAAUGUUUCCGCGAUUAUAGUGCAUCCAAAAUUUGACAAACUGAGAAUCAUAAAUGAUAUAGCCCUGUUGCGACUGGAACAGGAAGUGAUUUACAAACUCUACAUACGUCCAAUUUGCAUCAUUGUGGAUGAGCUGGUUACUUCGGAUGGAGUGCAGACAUUCUCUGCUUUCGGCUGGGGUAAAACACACGAAGAAGAAGAAAGCAAAAUUUUAAAUACCCUCGAACUACAGCGACUUAGCAAUGAUAUGUGCUAUUCUAAUAAUGUGAACCAGAUCUGUGCCGGCAGCAAUAAUGGCGGCGACACCUGUCAAGGAGAUUCAGGCGGUCCGCUGGCCACCAGUUUUCCCUACAGGGGAAAGGAUAGGUAUGUUCAGCUUGGAGUGGUGAGCUACGGCGAGAUAAAUUGCCGGGGCAACGGAGCCUACACAGACGUGAAUGCCUACAAGUACUGGAUAGCCAACACGGUGUUGGAGGCCGAAACGAGACUUUUGACCGAACACUGCGGAAGCGAUUGGGGAAGUGGAAUUCUUGUUCGCCUAUGGGAGAUUUCCCUGUUUGAGCACAAUUUCACUGGCGCACUCAUCACCAGCCGAUUUGUGGUGACUGUUGCAAGUGCUUUUCCCAAGGAUAUACAUAAAAUCAAAGUGGAAACCAGAUAUCUUGACAGCUAUGAUGUUGAUUGGUUCCACAAACACCCGCAAUUCACGUAUUCGCCAAAGAAAAUACAGAACAACAUCGCUGUGAUCAAAUUAGCUAAAGCUGUGCCAGACUCAGUGCUUGUGAAACCGAUCUGCAUGGGACUGAACACUGCUGACACAAUGACGUGGACUGCCAUGCUCUAUAGUUUCAACGAUCAAGUUAUGGGCACUCAAAGUGUUGCUUUGAAGAGGAUCGAUAAUGCAGCCUGCUCCAGGAAAAUUGGAAUACCUGUGGAACCCAAUCAACUUUGUGUCGACAAACCAAACGAAGCACUUUAUGCGCCUUAUGAUACCCCUGGUUCUGUAAUAGCUACUUCUGGUACGAUCAACGGUGUCGAAAAAUAUUUGCUUGCUGGCCUUAUUAGCCUUGUUAAGGAUGGUGUGAUCGUCAUUACAAAUAUUCAAGACCACGAGAAGUGGAUAGCGAAUGAGCUGAAAUAUUAAUCAAUGCUUACACAUUUCUUUUAAUGCAAUAAAAACGCGAAUAAUCGAAAA